AAAAUUGAAAGUUGAGGAAGAGACAAGCGUGACAAUCUGUUUUUUCGUUAUUGAUCAAAAAAAACUAAGAAAUAAAAUGUCUCAGUCUGGCUUAGCAGGAAUGGGUGUAGCCUUAGGGCUGACUGCGCUUUUUGUCAAUUUUUCCAUCCACAAAAUUGAGGAAGGUCAUGUGGGUGUAUAUUACAGAGGUGGAGCUUUAUUAUCUACCACCAGUAGUCCAGGCUACCACUUCAUGAUUCCAAUUAUCACAAGUUUCAGAUCCGUGCAGACAACUCUACAAACAGAUGAAGUGAAAAAUGUUCCUUGUGGAACAAGCGGUGGAGUGAUGAUCUACUUUGACCGUGUGGAGGUGGUGAACAAGCUGGAUUCCUACGCCGUGUUCGACAUAGUUCGUAAUUACACGGCGGACUAUGACAAGACGCUGAUCUACAACAAAAUACACCACGAAUUGAACCAGUUUUGCAGCGUCCAUAAUCUACAGGAAGUCUAUAUAGACCUCUUUGAUCAAAUCGAUGAGAAUCUUAGAACUGCCCUACAGAAAGACCUGACCACCCUUGCCCCUGGUCUCCAUGUGCAGGCUGUCCGGGUCACCAAGCCAAAGAUCCCAGAAGUCAUCAGGAAGAACUACGAAGCCAUGGAGGCUGAAAAGACCAAGCUUUUGAUUUCCAUACAGAAACAGAAGGUUGUUGAAAAAGAGGCAGAGACGGAAAGGAAGAAGGCCGUUAUUGAGGCUGAAAAGAAGGCUCAGGUUUCCAAGAUAGAAUGGGAACAGAAAAUUACUGAAAAAGAGUCGCAGAAAAAGAUUUCUCAAAUUGAAGAUGAUACUCACGUUGCAAAGGAGAAGGCAAAAGCCGAUGCCGAGUUUUACAAAGUUCAGAAGGAAAUCGAAGCAAACUCGAAAAAAUUGUCCAAGGAGUUCUUGGAGUUGGCUAAGUAUCAGUCUAUUGCCCAGAACACCAAGAUUUACUUUGGUGACAACAUCCCCUCCAUGUUCAUGGAUCCGAUGAUCACAGCGGCUGCUUCUGCUGUCAGGGAGGAAAAAAAUCAAAAGAAGCCAUAAUGUGAGGAUCAGCAUGAUGCUUGAGGCAGCAUUAAUAGGUUCUCUGUGAUAAAAUCAUCAGGAAGGUGAUAUACCAAAAUGUUGAACAUUUCCAGUGCUGUUCGACUUCUGUUUAAUUUACUUUUUUUCCUCUAGAAAGCUGACCAGUUUAUAUUGAAUUACAUUUAUAUGUGCAGUUUUUUUUUCUCAUCAAAAGAUUGCCACAAAAUUUAUAGAUGAAAAAAAAUCAAAAUAUGAAACUUGAUCUGCCAUUUAAUUUGUAAAACAUUUCUGACUUACAUAUGCUCUGGUAUCUUGUUAUAACUGAUUGAUUUUUCAUACAUCUAUAUUUAAUCCUUGAAAUCAUAUUUAUAGAAUUAUAGAAUGAUAUGGUUUAUAUUUGAAAGAAUGAAAGAACUUUCUGCCAUAUCAUAAUCACAGGGACUACAUAGUGUGAAACUAGAAUCAUAUUUAAAAUGAGCACUACUUAAAAAUACUCAAGAAAUCAGGUUGAAUAACCUUUUCUGUAUUUUUAAAAUAUGAGGAAAAAAUCAAGUAAUGCUUCAUUUGACCCUGCCAAGUUUCUAUGUGUUAUUAAGAUAGUGUAUGCCGCAUGCUGUAUUUCAAUAAAAAGAGAAGAUUAUCUUGUGUGAAAAUGAGUGCCAUUGAAAUGAUAGCAAAUGUUUGAUAUGAAAAUGCAAAAUUAAACCACCACCCACCCA